UCUUAAAGACAUUAUUAUGGAAGAGGUUGCUGGGAAGAUACUGAUCUGAAUCAUUGAUCAUCUCCAUUUCUUGUGAGCAUGUGCUUUGGGCAUUCUGCCAUCUAAGUCAUUUCCUUUGGAAUCUUCUACUAUUAUCUGGAAAGUAGAAGUUUCAUAGUAGGUUCUAGAGUGUCUUACUUCAGCAUUGAAAACCUUUCACAUACAUUGCCUUGAUUGUUAAAUCAGUUGUAGACUGUGGUUAAAAUAUGCUAUGGAGAAAACUACAUUCUAAACUCUAGAAAGCCGUGAACUCUCAGGUUCAGCAAUAGUGGAUCUCCUGAAAAUACACCACUGCUGAACCUGAAAGGCUUCUGGAGAGGCUUACAGGCAGUUCUUGACUUACAACCACAAUUGGGGCUGGAACGUCUGUUGAUAAGGGAUGCAAUUGCUAAAUGAGUUGUGCAUGGUUUUGUAAACUUCUUUGUUGUAGUCAUUAAGAAUCUGACUUCCCCCAUUGACUUUGCUUGUCCGAAACCUCUUUGGAAGUUUGUAAAUGGUGAUCAUGUGACCCCGGGACACUACAACACUCAUAAAUGUGUGGACUGGUCAUAAGUCAGGGCUGUCAUAACUUUAAAGAGUUGUUAAACAAAUGGUUGUAAGUCAAGGACUACCUGUCCAUUACCUCCAUUACCUGGAGGAUGGUAUGAAUGAGCUCCAAUCUCUUAGUUUUGGUAAUAUUGAUGGAUAUCAGAAGUCAAGACUGUGAUUAAAGGUGUCCCUUAUAGUUAUUUGAUUGUGAAACAGCUGGCUGGUUUAGAUGCUUUGAAAUUCUCAUAAUCUCAUGUCCUGCAUUUGGAUAAACAUUUUUAACAGUAACUUUGAAAUUCUGAGGGAUUUUUCAUUCCAAGGGUCAUUAGGAUAACCAGUCAUAGUUCUGAGACUUUCAGAUAGGUAGCUACCUUCAAAGUGAUGAAUCACUGAUAAACGUAUUGAAUAAUAAGUUGUUGGAAGCAAGUGAGACUCUGGACUCAGAUCUUAAGCCAUAAUUCAGUGUCAUGUUUUGUCCUCGGAAUAAUAAACAAAAAUGAAUGCUUAAAGUUCAGGAUUCUAGAUUAAGUAAGAAAGGGUUCUUAUCAAAUCUUUUGAGUAGAUACUCGAUGUCAGUCCAAGAAGGGAAAAAGUUAUGGAAAAAAGAAAGAUUUAAGAGACUGAUUUUAUUACAUUUGUUUGUUAUCCUUACAAAACUGCUUGAGUAUGGGCUGAUAUGAAGAAACGCAAAAGUUUAAGCAAAGCAAACAUUAGCCUGCAUAAAUAUUAAGGUAGUUCUGAAACACAGAAAAACAACAGCUGUGCAGCAAUUUUAAGAGACCUUGCAUGAAUGAAAGUUUCUUGCGAUCUGAUGAAAGGAGGUGAUUGUAUCCCUUUUCUUACUAAAAUCAGAACAAAUGAAAGCCACAUAUUAAGUUGCUUUUUAUAAGACUAUUUGUCAAAUUUGAUUUGUGUUUAAGUACUUUUUACUUAAUUUUAUAACCCUCUUGUAAUUUUUUUUUUUUACAAAAACCAACAAUUUAAGGAACAAUAAAAUAGCAAAAUACAGCUAUCAAUUAAGUUCAGGAGCAGUUAAAAUUUAAUUUUACAACAAUAUCCAGACAACACCUGCUGGAAUAAAACUGCUGCUGAUUGAAAUUAGCAGUGGUGGACUUAAACAUGCAUUUUGGAAAACUAUUUCAAAUUCUGUCUAGUACAACUGAAAAAUAUCUAUGGAGAGUCUCAAUCAUCCAGGUCAUGAUUUCCCAAAGGUGGUUUUUCCAAAAGGCAAUUGGUCUUUCUUUUUUUCUAUUUUUUAAAAAAUAUUUCACUUCUUAUCCAAGAGCUAAAGAAACUUCUUAGAUGAGAAAUGAAUCAUUUUCAAAGAAAAACAACAACAAAGUCCUGUUGCCUUUUUUUGGGGGGUGGGGGAAAGAACCUUUGGAACUACGACUGGAAAGACUAAAGUGUCAGCUUACUAUAAAUCCAACAAUAGUAGUGGGCCCAGAGAAAUGUUUUGAAGGGAGAGUGCUCAGAUAGGCAUACAAGGAAUAACAGAAAAUUGUGCUUAGAUAUUGGCCUAUCUGCUCAAUGGUCAUGAUUAAAAUCUUGUCGUUCCACUGUCAGCACUUUAACACCUCCUUUCUGCUUUUUUUGCGUGUGUUACUCUUGACUACUAACAUCUUUCAUGUGCAUGUGCGUUUUGGAAUAUUAAAUCAACCUUAAAGCUGGUUGCAUGUUUCCCCAAAACUGCUUGCUUUCACAUGUCACCCAUUCUGCGCUUAUUACAUGUUUUGAAAUAAGUUUUCCCUUCUUCAGUCAUCACUUUGAAAGUGCUUGACCCCCCCAGAUGUCCAAGCUAUUAUAUACUGCCAUCUCUUUCUGUAGAUCAGACCAGGAACCAUAGAUCCGUUGCCUCCCUUCUUCUUUAUUUCCCCUGUUGCCUGUGGCUGCCCUGCUUGCUGUUUUGCAUUUGCUCUAGCCAUUCAGGAAUCCAGUUUUAAGCCUGAACAGCUUGAGGAAGAAGUCAGUGCUGAUAAUCUUCUAAGGCAUUUGAAGGAGAUGUUUACUCCGUCUUGGGAGCUUGCUUCUCCUGCUGAAGCGCUGGUUAGCAAACUGAAAGAAGUUCCAGAAGCCAAGGCGCCUAGUCCUUCUAUCAGUAGGCAGGUCAGCAUUGAAACUGAUAGAGUGUCCAAGGACUUCAUUGAAUUUCUUAAGACCUACAAUAAGGCUGGCCAGGAGAUCUACAAGCAGUGCAAACUGUUCCUGGACACAAUGCAUCGCAAACGGGAAUUGAGUAUUGAGGAACAGUCAGAAUAUGCUCAGAGCCUCUAUCAGAAUGUGGCUGAUAAACUACAGACUCGCUGGAAAGUGCCUCCAGAAAAAGUGGAAAAAGUGACGGAUCAAGUGGAGAAAUACAUAAUGACCCGCUUGUAUAAAUACGUUUUCUGCCCGGAGACCACAGAGGAUGAGAAGAAAGAUCUGGCUGUCCAGAGAAGAAUCAGAGCUUUGCACUGGGUUACUCCACAAAUGCUUUGUGUUCCUGUCAAUGAAGAAAUCCCUGAAGUCUCAGAUGUAGUUGUGAAAGCUAUCACAGACAUCAUUGAAAUGGACUCGAAGCGUGUCCCCCGGGACAAGUUGGCCUGUAUCACUAGCUGCAGCAAGCACAUCUUUAAUGCCAUCAGGACCACAAAGGCUGAGCCAGCUUCAGCUGAUGACUUUUUGCCCACUCUCAUCUACAUUGUCCUGAAGGGCAACCCACCCCGUCUGCAGUCCAACAUUCAGUACAUUACUCGGUUCUGCAAUCCCAGCAGGCUGAUGACUGGGGAGGAUGGCUAUUACUUUACGAACCUGUGUUGCGCAGUUGCCUUCAUAGAGAAGUUGGAUGCUCAGUCCUUAAACCUGAGCCAGGAAGACUUUGACCGCUAUAUGUCUGGGCAGACCUCUCCAAAGAAGCAAGAACCCGAGAACUGGCCAGCCAACGUAUGUGUGGGGAUGCGCCAAAUGUACAGGAACCUUGGCCUCCUCUCACAACUGAACGAGAGGCAGGAGAGGAUUGUCAGUGAGGCCAAAAAGCUCGAAAGGGACCUUAUUGAUUGGACUGAUGGGAUCACCAAGGAAGUCCAGGAGAUUGUGGAAAAGUACCCUUUGGAGAUUAAAGCCCCAAACCCAGCCUUGGCGGCCAUUGACUCUGAAAAUGUUGAAAAUGACAAACUGCCCCCUCCACUGCAACCUCAAGUUUACGCUGGAUGAGAAUGGCUUCGGGACUCAGAUAUUCCUUCCUUCGGGUUCUUUCUGCUUGGCAGAUGGGCUGAGGGGAGGGAAAAAUGAAACAGAUUUAAAAUCGGCACAUUUUAAAGGUACUUUUUGUUGGUAGAUGUGUUCCAUGAUAUUUAUUUUAGUCAGAGUUGGUUACUAUGAGGGCUGAAUUUUUAUGUGUUCCCAAAAUGAAUUUACACUUUCCUUUUUACAGAAAUUCUAUAUGAUUUUUAAGAAAUGUUUUGGGGAUUGUUUUCUUCGAAGCAUGCACAAGUUUUAAAAUCAACUGGUGGUUGGUUGUGCUAUCUUCACUCCCUAAACAGAGUUGCUUAUCACACUUUGCCAAGAAUGCUGUGUUUGGGAAAGAAGUAUAAAAGGUUCUUAAUCUUUGUUUUCAGAAACAGAUGUGUUGUAAAGUAAAUAUUUAAGGUUGUAAAUAGGUUUGAAUGUUGAGCAAUGUCUUAAUAGCAUGACAUUUAGUAAAGAAAGGAAACUGGGUUUUUUAAUUCCUUCAUUCUUAUUUUUGGUUUAUAGUUUUGAUCUAGAAUAGGAUACCCUAAGGAAACACUACAUUGUAGUAAAUAACAUAUUUGGACACAGUUCUAACAUGACUAAAGUCAUUUCCUAAUAUUUAUAAUUUCUUAUCUGAAUUUUCAGCCUGGAAUAGCGUCUUUUUUGCAGUGUUGGUUUCUAGCAAUUGCACAAUUAGACCUUUAUGAAGAUCAGAACAGAAUUGGAUGGUAGCUGUGGGUGUAUGUGUGAAGUGCUGGAGCCAGUUUGAAUUGUAAAGAUCACAUGAUACAAGAAGAUUCUGUCUGUCAAAGUGCUUUAGUGUUUUUUAAAAAAUCAUUUGCUUCAUAGUACUUGUGCAUAGCCUUCCAAGAAAUGAUUAGUACGGCAUGAGACUGUCUUGUGCUGGGAAAAAAAAUCAAAGAAUGAGAUAUACAAAAGAAAGUUUAUGAUUGCUUUCUUGAAUCACAUUUUUAAAUGGAUUCAUCCACGGAAUUAUAAAUGGUCAGAAAACAGAAAUAUGGACAAUCCUAAAGGCAGUAAGCUGGUUUAUGCAAUUUUGUGGACUACAUACAUUUUUAUAUGAAUUUGAACAAACUAGGAAUCUAUAUUAUUAUAUUGCUGAACUAUAGCUUCCAGGAUUUGUCCUGAUUGGUAUGAUGGCUGGAAUAGCUGUCUCCUUCAAGAGGGACCCAUUGCUUUCCCAAUUCUUUCAGUGCUGUCCUGAAGAUGAAACCCAUUGGUGACAUCUCCCGAGUCCCUUUCUCCCUUCUGUAACUCAUCAACAUAUCACUGUGAAUGGCUGCCUUUUUUCCCCCUCCAACCUUUUCAGUAUUCUUAGUACUGUGAUAAUCCAAUCAGUCAAAAUCUUUUCUCUUUGGCCAUGGCUGUGUGGAUGCAAGAAUUUGCCAAACUAGAUGAACUAGUUAGCCUUCCCGAGCAUGUUCACACUAUAGUAGUUUUUUUCCUGAGCAAGAUACACAUGUUGGGAUGGUAGACUGUGGUCCAGGAAAUGCAGGGGGGGCACCAGUUUAGGGAAUGCUGAAUUUGUCUAUGGGUGAUGCUUUUUUAACUUUUAACUUUACAAAUUAAGGUAAAGCUCCACUAACUUGGCAGAACUGGGAUUCUUUGAAAGGCCAGGUUGAGUUAUGUGGAACUAUAUUAAGCAUUCUCCUGAAGGAUAUAGUUUAAAUGCAGUCCCAUCCUGUUCAUCUGUCCCCCAAUUGCUAAAGUCAUCCUAAAUGUCUGGGACUGGUGUGCGCAUUCAACAUCUUGGAUGUCCUGAUUAUCACUAAGUCUCAAACAAACUUCAUAAUUCAAGGGAAAGAAAAAGAAAACCUCUUUGCAAUGUUAUCUGUUUUUAAUAUUAGAACAUUUUUAAAAUAUCAACUCUUUUUCUUAAGGUCUUCUCAACUCUUUGAGUCUUAUUUUGUACUUCUGGAAAACAUGGGAUUCCAAAGUGUUCCAUUCCAAACCGUGUUUUUGGGCAACAUAUGAAAAAGCCACAUUUAUCACAUUUUAGCUAUUUUAGCUAUUUAUCUGUUUUUGCAAUAAGGUCAGACCAAGACUGUGACCUGUUUUGUGUAUACCUGCUUUAAAAAGCAUAUCAGUUUUCAGUUUGCAACUCAGCUAAUGUCUGAGUUUCUUAAAAGGUUAAAUAUUUAUGUUCUUUUCCCUUCCUCAAUUACCGUAUAUACUCGAAUAUAAGCCGAUCCGAGUAUAAGCCGAGGUCCCCAAUUUUACCCCAAAAACUGGGGUAAACUGGGGACUCGAG